UUCGUUUGUACCAACAAUAGAAAAAAAAAUCUAGUUUAUUUAAUCGUAUUUAGACACAAAGGAAGAAUUGUUGAUAUUUUUGUUUCAUUUCAAUGACAUCGACCAGUAUUAACGAUUUACCAGAUGAAGUUCUGGAAUUCAUUUUUGGUCAUAUGCCACCGUACAGAGAUUUGGAAUCGUGUGCAUUAGUUUGUAAACGAUGGACAAACAUUGUUCAAAAUGUGCGACGGCAUACAAUGCUAAAUUUCAACAAAGGUUUGAUCGAAUUCCGUUUAUGCUGGAAAUCAUUAAAUAAUAUGGAUGCUGCACCAACAAUUGCUGGACGAUUUUCACAUUCAGCUGUCAUUUAUAAAAAUUCAAUGUUCGUAUUUGGUGGUGGUUCAUCGACGGCAACGACAUUCAACGAUUUGUGGCGUUUUGAUUUGUCGAAUCGUAAAUGGGAUCGUCCUAUAUCGAUGGGAAAUUAUCCAUCGCCAAAAGCGUGCGCCACAUUGGUGUGUUAUAAAAAUUCGUUGAUAUUGUUUGGCGGUUGGCGACAUCCAACCACAUUUCCACCGUAUCAAUCAUGGCGUUUAUUCGAUGAGCUUCAUUCGUAUAAUGUUGCCGAAAAUCGUUGGAUAUUGAUAAAUACAUUAGAUGGUAAUUCGCCGCCACCAGUUACGGGUCAUUCAGCAUCCGUGCACAAUGAUACGAUGAUUGUGUUUGGUGGUUUUUCACAAGAUGAACACACGGGCACCAGUAAAAAUGAUUUAUGGUCGUUUAAUUUGAAAACAUUAACAUGGUUGCGAAAGGAAACGUCACCAGUGAAACCAGCACCGCGAUACGGUCAAUUUCAAAUAGCAUUAAGUGAUAAACAUUGCCUUAUUAUGGGUGGAUGUGGCGGUCCGAAUAAUUUGUACAGCGAUGCUUGGGUAUUGGAUAUGUCACUAGAGCCAUGGCAAUGGCGACAAAUUACGAUCAGAAAUAAAAAAUGGGCAGCAACUCACAUGUGGUGUAAUCCAGCGUGCAAGGUUGGUUCAAAACUAAUCACUCUGGGACCAGUAGCAUCAGCACUGACCGAUUUUCAAAUGAUACGCCAUCAAGUAUUACCAUCGAAUCGUAAUAAUAUGCGUCCAAAUGCAAAUCCACCAAUUCCACCAAACCAAAAUAAUCUUCGAUCACCGCAAUUGCCCAAUGCACGAAAUCUAUUCGGCGAACCAUCGAAUCGUCGUGCCGAUGAACCAAAUCGCUCACGAUCAAAUAACCUUCGACAUAAUUUACAUAGUAUUGACGAACAACAACCGCAAUUAAAUCAAUUAAAUGCCAACAACAACAACAACAACAACAACAGCAACGACGACGAUGUACAAAAUCGUUUACAAAGAAACCUCCAUUUGCGCAGUCGCCGUCACGAAAAUGAUAUGUUUAAUAUGCCAAAACGUUUUAAUGAAUCAACUGUACCGUCACACGAUCGUAUUGCAAUGGCUGCAUUUAACGAUUCCAAUAGAGACAGUCCAUCGACGAGCAUGACAUCACCACGGGAAAGACGUUUACAAUCGUUGCGUCGAAUGGAAGAAAAAAUUCAGGCAAUACGACAAGUUAAUGCACCGGAUCCAAUUGAUGAUCAACCAGCGCCACAAAAACGUAUCAAACGUAAUUGUAUUGGUUUGUUUGUCUGUGAUAUUUCAAAUAUUUUGCUAGCCGAAAAUCCAUUCAUUGAAUGGAUUGAACACAAAAAUUUCGGGCACAUUUCAAAUGCACCGGAACGUUUAAUUUUGUCAUCGUUAGUGGCCGGAAACGGGGAACUUAUUAUGUUCGGCGGCUUACGAAAAGAAUCACUAUCAAAAUCAACCGAUACAACAAUGCAAGUAUCAAAUGCAAUGCACUUCUUACAAGUACCAAAAGAAAUCAUUUGAGAAAUUUGUUUAUUUUAAGUUAGGGACGAAUUUUUUUUUUCGAUUUUUUCAUUUUUUUUUUCUUUCACAAUAAUUUACAUUAUCAAUUGAAGUAAUAUAAUCGAAAUUAAAAAAAGGCAUUAA